AUGAAACGUAAUCCACGCAAAGUGCGUUGGACCAAGGCAUUCCGGAAGGCUGCUGGCAAGGAAAUGACGGUGGACUCGACACUAGAGUUUGAAAAGAGACGCAACGUCCCUGUCCGAUAUGACCGUGAACUUGUGACUGCGACGCUGAAUGCCAUGCAGCGUAUCCAAGAAAUCAAAGCCCGCCGCGAGCGCGCCUUUUACCGCGCACGGAUGGCUAAGGCUGCUGGUGGCAAUGUCAAAGCGAAGGCCAAAGAAGUUGACCGUCUUGCUGUACAUCGUAAUCAACAUUUGCGCCGUGCAAUCCAGGCAGAUGCUGCCAAAGCCGAGCGCCAAAAAGUCAAAGUUGCAGCGCGUAAGAGUGCGUUGGUGAGCGCUGGUGACGAUGGAAUGGCGAUGGGUAUGCAGACUGAUGAGUAG